GCGGCGGCGGCGGCGAUGGCGAUGGACUCUCUCAGCGUGCUGCUGCUGUACCCCGUGAACGCCUACCUGGAGCAGGAGCUCGACCGCCGCUUCAGCCUCCUCCGCCUCUGGGAGCACUCCCCGCCGGACUCCCUCUUCCGCGCCCACGGGUCCGCCAUCCGCGCCGUCGUGGGAUACCCCGGCCACAAGGUCGAUGCUGCGCUCCUGGACGCCCUGCCAUCUCUGGAGAUCUUCUCGUCCUUCUCCGUCGGCAUCGACCACGUCGACCUCUCCGAGUGCCGCGAGCGGGGGAUCCGCGUCACCAACACCCCCGACGUCCUCACCGACGACGUCGCCGACCUCGCCGUCGGCCUCGCGAUCGCCGCGCUGCGCAAGAUCCGGCAGGCCGACCGCUACGUGUGCGCCGGAUUGUGGAAGGCCAAGGGCGACUACACAUUGACCACUCGGUUCAGUGGGAAAAGAGUGGGCAUCAUUGGGCUGGGCAGGAUAGGGCUUACUGUUGCCACAAGAGUGGAGGCCUUUGAUUGCCCAGUGAACUACUACCAGAGAACAAAGAAAGAAUACCCCAACUAUACCUAUUACCCUAGUGUGGUUGAAUUGGCAGCAAACAGCGACGUCCUCGUGGUGGCUUGCCCACUGAAUGAACAGACCCGCCACAUUGUCAACCGUGAGGUGAUCGAUGCGCUGGGUCCCAAGGGCGUGCUCAUAAACAUCGGGCGUGGCCCUCAUGUCGACGAGCCUGAGCUCGUCUCUGCGCUCGUCGAGGGGCGCCUCGGCGGGGCAGGCCUUGACGUGUUUGAGGAUGAGCCCAACGUCCCGGAAGCGCUCUUUACGCUCGACAACGUCGUUCUGGUGCCGCACGUGGGGAGCGGGACACAUGAGACUCGUCAAGCGAUGGCAGACCUGGUACUCGGUAACCUGGAGGCGCAUGUCCUGAAGAAGCCGCUGCUGACUCCCGUUGUCUGAUUGUGAGCGUCGUAGGCUCAAUUCGUUGUAUAUCAGUGUAUGUUUACAAGACUCCGUAUCGUGUUCUCGUGUGUUUGAGAUAUGUUGUUGUCAGAAAACAGUUUGUGAGACCUGUUAAUUAAUAAAGUUUCUCAUUUU